UUUCUGGUCCCGCCUCUUUUUUUGAGAUUGAAGGGGGCGUACAGUACAGCACAGCAUGAGUGCUCCUUACACAACUCCAGAAUGUGGAUACUCCAGAAUAUCUUCCAGUAAAUUGAAAGAGUUGGAGAAGAAAGGAGAUAAGCAGGAGGACAAAGAGAGACAGAAAGAAAUCAAGAAGGCUGAAGCCAUCCUUUUAGAGAUGGAGAGGGACUACCUGGCUGAUCGUGUCAUUUCUGAAGGAUUUGAAAGAAGACGAAAACAAGUAAAGGAGAAGUAUUCUAAAAUGGCAAAAGAACUUGAGAAGACAAAUUGGAUGUAUCCGUCAAUAGAUGACAUACUUCAAGGAAAGACCAAACUUUAAAUUAAGGUAUACAUGUAUUACAUGUAGUAAAGGGUUCGUUAAAGGGGUGUGGCAAUGAACACAAUAAGACUCUGGUAUAAUCACUCACCAAUCAUCAAACAAUUAUAAUUAUCAUUUCAAAAAUUUUUGAUUUGCAUUUAA